GGUAACUUCACAAUCCUUUAAUCCCGCUCAUCGGAUUUCAUAAUCUUGUGAGCCCGACGUUCAUUUUCUUUCCCUGCAGUGCUUCUCCUGCCUGCGUGUCCGCCCUCCAGACGUCGAGUUUUUUCCCAGGGCGGUUCUGGGCAGCGAUUGGAUCCGAGGACCCCCAUUGCUGACUUCGCCCCACGCCUCGAGUCGCCUCCCAAGGCGCUCUUCUGAGGGAAAAGCCGCCUUGCGGAGCCCGCGGGAGCGAAAAAAGGACGGUGCCGAUUUUUUCCCGCUCCUCCGGAAAAGCCGUCGGGGAAGGUUGUCCUGUGGAUGUUCUGCGAGGGUCGGCGCAGCAAUUUAAAGGCCGGCCGUCCUGCGGGUGCCUCCUUCCUUCCUUCCUACGUAGCUCCUCCGGCCGCCCGCCCGGCCGCCCGCUCGCUGGCAGGAUGGUGGACUUGUUCAGCGGGCGGAUCCUCGUGAACCUGGAGGGCAGCCCCGUGGACCCAGAGCAAGCUUUGGAGAACAAAAUCGUGGGCUUGUACUUUUCGGCCGCCUGGUGCUCCCUCUGCAGGGACUUCACCCCCACUCUGUGCGAUUUCUACAGCGAACUGGUGGAGGUCGUCCCUCAUCCGGCCCCUUUCCAGAUCGUGUUCAUCUCGUCCGACCGCAGCCGCGAAGAAAUGGCAAGCUAUAUGUACAAGAUGCACCCGGGCUGGCUGGCCUUGCCCUUCCAGGACCCCUUUAAGCAUGAACUGAAGAAGAAAUACAACAUAACAGCCAUUCCCAAACUUGUGAUUGUUAAACAAACUGGAGAAGUCAUUACUGAUAAAGGGAGAAAACAGAUUCGUGAGAGAGGGCUCAACUGCUUCCAAAACUGGCUUGAAGUGGCUGAUGUCUUUCAGAAUUUUUGUAGCUGAACCAAAAUAGUAUUUGCAGACUUAAACAAAACAAAAUCUUUGCUACACUGUUUUUAUCUGCAACAAGCCUAAAAGGGGGGAAAUUACAUUCUCCUUUUUUAAUGUUGAUUUGCUUAUUUUUGAAUUCUACAUGGCUGAAAUAAUUAAACAUAUUUGAGCCUUUCAUAAAUUCUCCUUUCUAUAUUGUUGCUAUUUAUAUUUUUAUUACAUAGAAGAUAACAAAAGUAGUCUUAAU